AAGUUUUGGAUCAUUAUCCUGUGCAUACAUGGAUUGAAGGGUGUGCACAUCGUCAAGCUGACUAACCGUUUCCAAGCUUUUCUCCAGGGAUGCAGCAGCUUAGACUCCUGCCAGCAGUAUGUGAGAUUCCCUGCUGUUCGCUUCUUCACCAGCAAUUUCCAAAGAAGGAAAACUGAAGAGACAGAAAACGGUCCUUGUGAAGAUUGUUUAACUGAUAAUGUGCAGGCAAGCAAUCCAAGAGACCAAGAAAAUAAUCUACAGCAAAUCAUUAGGCCUGGCAUCCUUGUCCACAGACCAAGUAAAGAAAUGGUGGCCGCAUACUUGAAAAACAAUGAGGACAUAGAGGGCGGAGUGGAGGGCGAAAUACAAGAGGAGCCAGAUCCUGAGGGUUCUAAAGAGAACAGUCCAAAGGACACUGAUUUGCAAGGAGCACACGUGUCUGUCACUGGAACCCCUUCAGUUACUGACAACAGCAAAAGACCUUUAAAAGGAGUGACGUUUUCUAGGGAAGUGAUUGUUGUGGAUCUUGGGGAGAAACACCCUGCACCGCAAAGCCAUAUUCAAGAACAUAAAGAGAGAAAAUGAAGGUCAGAAAAGGCUGAGAGUGAAAGCCACGUACCCUGAGACUAGCAGUGCAAUGACUGGGGGUAUGAAAUCAUGUUGAAACGGCAAAAUAAUGGAGAAUUAAGCAAAUACAAAUAACAUUUUAUCUUUGUGCAGAAAGAAGUGGGCUACAUGCAAAAUUGUAAGUAAAAUACCUAGAACUUGAAUAUAAUGUGUGUUUUUUUAAACACAAAUCCGAGUUCAAGAAAUUGAUUAUAUUAAGUGUCCUUGCAACUC